UUGAAAAAGCAAGCACUGCUCCAGUUCGUUGCGAAAUGCUUGCCAGAAAUGGCUGAAGAAGUGACAUAUGCUGACCUAAAGUUCACUAAUCCAGAGCAACACAAGAAGAAGGGGUCCCAGAAAACCAUAACCAAAGCAUCUACUUCCAUAUCGCAUUAUUGGCGACCAGCAGCAGUCGGUCUUGGGCUCUUUGGUCUGGUUCUGCUUGGAGUAACUGGCACGCUGAGUUUCAAGGUUCUGCAGGCCUCCCACAGUGUGAGCAGUCAGAAUGAAAACCUAACCUUACAGAAAAAGAUGCUGGAAAUCCUUCUCACAAAGCUGAAUGUCCUCCAAGUCCAGAACCGGAACCUUUCGGAGACUGUGCAACAACUGUCAAACUACAGAGGAAAUCGAUGCAGCCCUUGCCCGGAAAAGUGGCUACAGCGUGGAGAGAACUGUUACUUCUUCACAAUGAAGUGGAACUCUUGGGAAGAAGGCAAAGCUCAAUGUACUGCACUUAAUUCCAGACUCCUUAAAAUAGAGAAUAAGGAAGAACUGGAGUUCAUACUUGAGUCAGCACAGUCCUACAACUCUUACUGGAUUGGUUUAUCCCGCAACAAAGCUGGCGAGCCUUGGCUAUGGGAAGACAACAGCACCUUCACUACUGACCUAUUUAACAUUCCUGAUGCUGGCUCCAGUAAUUAUCCCAUCUGUGUCUCCAUACAGGGUGGGAAUCUAGUUGCUUCUGAUUGUUUAGGGUACCGGUUCUCCAUCUGUGAGAAAAUACAAUCUUGACCAAAACUAAGAUGUCCAACUUCACUGAUAACAUUCGUCAUUGAUUUCAGUCUGGACAUAAGGAUGGGAGAAAAAAAUGGGGCAGUGGAGGACGUUACGCACAAUAUUCAUUAAACAAUUAUACAGAGAGGGUAAGCUGGGAUCGUCCUGCCAUCAUUGUGCUCCACCACCAUGCUCCUCUGACAGACCUCCAUCUAAUGAUGUCCUUUGGAAGGAGUUCUCCAGGCAUACAGGUGUACCUGCAAAGGGCAUCUAUGUGUAAGGAAUCCUCAAAGGUACUCCGGAAUAAUAAGAAAGUAUUUCAGGGAAACAUGGCAGUGGUGUAGGGCAGGGCUGACCUACAUAACCUGUUUGUCCCUCUGGCAUCCAGUCAAUAGGUAGAAAGGGGGUCAUCAAUACCCCCUCCCCAUUGCAACAUCACAAGCUGAUUUCAGAGACCCACAACACUCCAUUGCUUUCUGCCUAUUCCAGCUCGUUUGAUAGCUCCCUGAGCCUUUCUCCUGCCUUCAUUUUCACUCACCUGUCUCACAGUUCACUCACAAUGUCCUUUCUGACCAAUUCUCUAUAUGAAACUUUAGGAUAGGCUAUGAUGUGUCCCUCUCAAGCUCAGGUUGGGAAAACGGUCACCUUCCAUGAUGCUACUAUUCACAUCAGCUCAAGUCACUAAGGUCAAUGUUGAAGGAUGAUGGGAACUGCAAUCCAGCUACAUUUGGAAAGCCAUGUGUUCCCCAUCAACAUCAACAAAAAGGCUGAACACUGUGAUAACUAGUGCUGUAAUCAACGUUCAGUGUUUCUUCUGUCUUUUGAUAUUUAUUCUGUAUCCAUCCAUCCAUCCAU